CUGCCGGUGUAGCGGGAGGAGAGGGCCCGGCGGAGCUGGGGCGUCCCUCCCGCUCGCUUCUUGACUCGCGUUGCUGCCGGCCGCCUCCCGCGCCUCGUGUCCGGGACGCGCCUGAACCUGCCGCCUCCGUGCCUGGGGCGGUGCCGCGCGGUCCCGAGCGCUCCAGAAAGCUGCGGCGCGAGUCCGCGGGGCCCACCUCGGAGACGCAGCUGGGGCCGGGCGCGGCUUGGCGGGAGGGUCUGCAGCGCGGAGGGAGGCUGCCAGUGCGUGAGGAAGAGAGCGAGAGACUGGAAAGGGGAGAGAGAGCAGCGUCGGAGCCGCGCAGGGGACGGGAGUGAGAGCAGCAGCAACGCAGAGCGGCCGUCGCCGUGCCCGGGUCUCAGGGCGCCUGGCUGAAGUGAGCAUGGCUUCAGUGGCCUGGGCGGUCCUCAAGGUGCUGCUGCUUCUCCCCACUCAGACUUGGAGCCCCGUAGGAGCAGGAAAUCCACGGUUUUCCAGGAAACACAAAUGCAGACAGUGUGGUGCACUACAGACUCCAGCCUCCCUUUGAAGCCAGGUUCCUGCGCUUUCUCCCUUUAGCCUGGAACCCCAGGGGCAGGAUUGGGAUGCGGAUCGAAGUGUACGGAUGUGCAUAUAAAUCUGAGGUGGUUUAUUUUGAUGGACAGAGUGCUCUGCUGUAUAGACUUGAUAAAAAACCUUUAAAACCAAUAAGAGACAUUAUUUCUUUGAAAUUUAAAGCCAUGCAGAGCAAUGGAAUUCUACUUCACAGAGAAGGACAACAUGGAAAUCACAUUACUCUGGAAUUAAUUAAAGGAAAGCUUGUCUUUUUUCUUAAUUCAGACAAUGCUGAGCUGUCUUCCCCUGUUGCUCCUGUGACCCUCACCCUGGGCAGCCUGCUGGACGACCAGCACUGGCAUUCCGUCCUCAUCGAGCUCCUCGACACGCAGGUCAACUUCACCGUGGACAAACACACGCAUCAUUUCCAAGCAAAGGGAGAAUCCAGUUACUUGGAUCUUAAUUCUGAGAUCAGCUUUGGGGGAAUUCCGACACCUGGAAGAUCACGGGCAUUCACACGUAAAAGCUUUCAUGGGUGUUUAGAAAAUCUUUAUUAUAAUGGAGUGGAUGUUACUGAAUUAGCCAAGAAACACAAACCACAGAUCCUCAUGAUGGGAAAUGUGUCCUUCUCGUGUCCACAGCCACAGACUGUCCCUGUGACUUUUCUGAGCUCCAGGAGUUAUCUGGCUCUGCCAGGCAACUCUGGGGAGGACAAAGUGUCUGUCACUUUUCAAUUUCGAACGUGGAACAGAGCAGGGCAUUUGCUUUUCGGCGAACUUCGACGUGGUUCAGGGAGUUUCGUCCUCUUUCUUAAGGAUGGCAAGCUCAAACUGACUCUCUUCCAGCCGGGACAGUCACCAAGGAAUGUCACAGCAGGUGCUGGAUUAAACGAUGGGCAGUGGCACUCUGUGUCCUUAUCUGCUAAGUGGAGCCAUAUGAAUGUGGUGGUGGACGAUGACACAGCUGUUCAGGCCCUGGUGGCUGUGCUCAUUGAUUCAGGUGACACCUAUUAUUUUGGAGGCUGCCUGGACAACAGCUCUGGCUCUGGAUGUAAAAGCCCCCUGGGAGGGUUUCAGGGCUGCCUGAGGCUCAUCACCGUUGGUGACAAAGCGGUGGAUCCCAUCUCAGUACAGCAGGGGGCGCUGGGGAGUUUCAGGGACCUCCAGAUAGACUCCUGCGGCAUCACAGACAGGUGCUUGCCCAGCUACUGUGAGCAUGGGGGCGAGUGUUCCCAGUCGUGGGACACCUUCUCCUGUGACUGUCUGGGCACAGGCUAUACGGGCGAGACCUGCCAUUCCUCUCUCUACGAGCAGUCUUGUGAAGCCCACAAGCACCGAGGGAACCCGUCCGGGCUUUACUAUAUUGAUGCAGAUGGAAGUGGCCCCCUGGGACCAUUUCUUGUGUACUGCAAUAUGACAGACGCCGCGUGGACUGUGGUGCGGCACGGUGGCCCCGACGCGGUGACCGUCCGAGGUGCCCCCAGCGGGCACCCGCGCUCGGCUGCGUCCUUCGCAUACGCAGCGGGCGCGGGGCAGCUGCGGGCCGCGGUGAGCCUGGCGGAGCGCUGCGAGCAGCGGCUGGCUCUGCGCUGCGGGACGGGGCGGCGCCCGGACUCACGAGAUGGAACCCCACUGAGCUGGUGGGUUGGAAGAACCAAUGAAACACACACUUACUGGGGAGGUUCUCUGCCUGAUGCUCAAAAGUGUACUUGUGGAUUAGAGGGGAACUGCAUUGAUUCUCAGUAUUACUGCAACUGUGAUGCUGGCCGGAAUGAAUGGACUAGUGACACAAUAGUCCUUUCCCAAAAGGAGCACCUGCCAGUCACUCGGAUUGUGAUGACGGGCGCAGGCCGACCACAUUCCGAAGCAGCUUAUACUCUGGGGCCACUGCUCUGCCGCGGAGACAAGUCAUUUUGGAAUUCAGCUUCCUUCAACACUGAGACUUCAUACCUUCAUUUCCCUGCUUUCCAUGGAGAACUCACUGCUGACGUGUGUUUCUUUUUUAAGACCACAGUUUCCUCCGGGGUGUUUAUGGAGAACCUGGGGAUCACAGACUUCAUCAGGAUUGAGCUGCGGGCUCCCACAGAAGUGACCUUUUCCUUUGAUGUGGGGAAUGGACCUUGUGAGGUCACGGUGCAGUCACCCACUCCCUUUAAUGACAAUCAGUGGCACCACGUGAGGGCAGAGAGAAAUGUUAAAGGAGCGUCUCUUCAAGUUGAUCAGCUUCCUCAGAAGAUGCAGCCUGCCCCUGCUGAUGGGCACUUUCGUUUACAGCUCAACAGCCAGCUCUUCAUUGGUGGAACGGCCACCAGACAGAGAGGCUUUCUAGGAUGCAUUCGGUCUCUGCAGUUGAACGGGGUGGCCCUGGAUCUGGAAGAAAGAGCCACAGUGACGCCAGGAGUGGAGCCGGGGUGUGCAGGACACUGCAGCACCUAUGGACACUUGUGUCGCAAUGGAGAGAGAUGCAGAGAGAAACACAGAGGGGUCACCUGUGACUGUGCCUUCUCAGCCUAUGAUGGGCCGUUCUGCUCCAAUGAGAUUUCCGCAUAUUUUGCAACUGGCUCCUUAAUGACGUACCAUUUUCAAGAACAUUACACUUUAAGUGAAAACUCCAGCUCUCUCGUUUCUUCGUUACACAGAGAUGUAACAUUGACCAGAGAAAUGAUCACACUGAGCUUCCGAACCACACGAACUCCGAGCUUAUUGCUGUAUGUGAGCUCUUUCUAUGAGGAAUACCUUUCAGUUAUCCUCGCCAACAAUGGAAGUUUGCAGAUUAGGUACAAGCUAGAUAGACAUCAAAAUCCUGAUGCAUUUACCUUUGAUUUUAAAAACAUGGCUGAUGGGCAACUUCACCGAGUGAAGAUUAUCAGAGAAGAAGCCGUGGUCAUGGCAGAGGUUAACCAGAGCGCAAAGAAACAAGUAAUCUUGUCCUCAGGGACAGAAUUCAACGCCCUCAAAUCUCUCAUAUUGGGAAAGGUUUUAGAGGCUGCCGGCGCGGACCCAGACACAAGGCGGGCGGCGACUAGUGGCUUCACUGGCUGCCUCUCGGCGGUGCGCUUCGGCCAUGCUGCUCCCCUGAAGGCGGCGCUGCGCCCCAGCGGCCCCUCCCGGGUCACCGUCCGCGGCCACGUGGCCCCUAUGGCCCGCUGCGCAGCGGGGGCGGCGUCCGGCUCCCCGGCGCGGGAACUGGCUCCCCGACUCGCGGGGGGCGCAGGUCGUUCUGGACCAGCGGAUGAGGGAGAGCCCUUGGUUAAUGCAGACAGAAGAGACUCUGCUGUCAUUGGAGGUGUGAUAGCAGUGGUGAUAUUUAUUUUGCUUUGCAUCACUGCCAUAGCCAUACGCAUCUAUCAACAGAGAAAGUUACGCAAAGAAAAUGAGUCAAAGUCUCAAAAAAAGAAGAGUGCUAAGACAGCUCUAAACAGUGAGCUCGAUGUGCAAAACACAGUCCAUGAAAGCCAGAAAGAGCGAGUCUUCUGAUUGGCAGCUGUGGCUGUUUCUAUGACCGUGACUGUGGACUUCCCUGCUGUUGCCAUCAGGGUGCACACAGCAGGUGCAGUGCUGUCACCUGGCUGAAGACCUGCAGCCUCGGAGCCUCUGGGAAGUCCCUUUCUCCCUCGGUGAAACACAGUCCUCCACAGCAAUUUCCAAACGAUGAAUUAGGUAUGGCCAUUCAUCACUGUUCAGUAGUUUCCCCAUCCAAAGGCUCUCUUCCAAAACUGCAGUUUGAUCUCUGUUAAUAAUUGUGGGGUUUUAGAUGAGAAGAUGACUAUAAAGCUGUGGCCCUACUUUAUUUUUUAAAAAUGACAGAACCUUUGUUCAGAUGUAAAAGACAAAAUUGCACUUUAAUGUUUUUGUUACUUGAAAACAUAUCUGGGAUCCCUUUUUUUGGUCUUCUGCUGAUAUUUAUAAAACAGGAAAUGCUUCUUAGACUACCUUCACUGGCAUUUCCAUAGUCCUGGAAUCCAGAGCCAAGUGGCCUACCCAAAAUUCACAGCCUUUUUGUUCCCCUGUGUGAUGGUUAAUACAAUGCAGUAGAAGCCUGGAAAUACUACCAUUAUUUUUGGUGUAUUGCUUUUUCUAAUUGACUGUUUUUAAUGAUUUUGAUACAUUUUAAUGUUGAAAUUACUAUUGAACGUUAGCUCUGAAAUUUUAGUAUUGAAUUUUGUAAUGGAACAGAACAUUGGUACGUGACAAGAUCCAAGAGGAUGUCAAUACAAGAUUGUCUGCCUGUUUUUCUUUGUAAUUUGUAAUUACAGUUUUUGUAAAUUGUGAUUAUGUUUUUAACUAAAUUUACAACCAGAUACAAACACUACUUCUUAUACAGAGUUAUCCUUUAUUUAUAUCAUUAAUACCUGAAUGAAACAUCAUCCUAAACUUAUUUCCCCAAAAUAUUGAGAGGUCAUAUCUGUUUUUCUUUAUCAUUCAUUUCUGUUUUUCUAAAAGUUGUUACUGAUAUGCUUUUGAUUUCCUAUGACUCUAUUAUGUUGUACAGAAUAUCUUUUCAGUUUAUUAAAAAAACAGCUUAACUGAAGAUCACUAAUUCCUUUUCUAAAUUUUGAACUGCUCUAGGCAUAAAUAUCAUUGUGUAUUAUCCUCUCAUCUAAUCACUUUUGGAAUGUAAACUGAAGGCUGUUCACUCCAAGAAAAGUUAGCAUUUAUAUGAUGUUUUUUAAAUCUGCCAGUCUGAUCACAGGUUUAUGACCAUGGGGCCAAAUUCCCGUAGAUUACCCAAAAUUGAAUAUGUGCUAUUAAUUGAAACAUGUCUCAUUAAGGUUUACAUACACACUAAGACAGCAAAGGAUUGGAAUUAACUUUAUGGAGACAGUUCCAGGGACUAAUAUUGAAGCAGUGGUUAUUUGAUAAUGCAUGGAACCACCAUUUGGAUUCAAUAAACCAAUUAUAUAAAAGCAAUGAUGCUACACUCUUCAUAUUCCAGAUACCAACUGCCUACCAAGGACUAAUGAGAUGGUAUAUUUCUUCCACAUCAGGGCAAGUUGAAAAUAUAUUGAUUCAGCGUUACUGUUACAUAAUGAAUUUCCAUCUUCUCAUAUGUGUUAUUUUUGAAAGAAUGAGUACGCUCUCUGUCUGAAAUCCGCUCUUAACAAAUGAUCUCUUCUCAGAAUACUACAUCUGUAUUGAGAGUACAGACAGCCCAUUGGUCACCGCACUUUUUGCAAGACAGCAAAACAGAUGCAUCAAAUUGCAUUGAUACAUCAUCACCAUCAAUCUUUUUACUGAUUUUUAGACUUAAUCUUCUUAUUUGAAAGUAAACUCAUUUUUAAAUAAAAUAAAAAAUAUUUUAGGGAAAGCUCUAUAAAAUUAAAAUUGCAAAAUUAUAUGCUUUUUAAAAUUUAUGCAAAAAUGUGCAGACACAUGUAUUCUGUAUUGGUUUAUGCAUUACUUUACCCUUCUUGUAUAUUUUGAGAUUAUUAAGAUUUGUUGACCUUUUUUGGUUUGAUAUUUAUCAUCUGUUAAAUUUUUCCUUUUAAAUUAUUAAACGCAAAGUGCAAGAAAAAGAGAUAUUUACUGAUUGCUAGAUGUAAAAAUAUCUAUGAAUGUAUGUAUUUAAACUUCUGCCAGAGAGCAACCAUCUAACAGUCAACUUACUAAAAUCUAAAUUGAGUACUUUUUAUUUUUGCAGAGAACUAAGUCACUAAACGUUAUUUAGAUAUAUAGAUGCUAGUUGCAAGUAACACCCUUUUGUAAUAUAAAAGUAAAAGCAUAAUUAUUUCCCAAAUUUUGUCUUCAAAUUAAAAAAGAAAAUAGCAUAUAAUUACCAUUCAUUUGAGAAAGCUGAAGAUUCUGAUGCUUAAAAACUUCAAAAUUCUAAUAUUAAAAUUAGAGUGGUUAAUGUGACAUUGAAGGCUUAUCUCUGUAAAAUAGUGACACUGGUGAGUGGUAUUAUCUCAAUAUUUUUGUCCAAAUUCACCUUAGGAAAUCACUGUAAAUCUUCAUUGUUUCCUAAAAGUCAUUAUUACGGCAUAAACUUAACAUACUUUGAUAGUAGUUAGUACUGAUACCUGGUAUAUUCUACCCCAUGCCUCUAUUAUUCUGUUUCUAUUACUGUGAAAAGUCACAGUAAAUUUAACAUAUUUUCAUCCAGCCUGUGUAUGAUCUUUCAUUGUAAUAGAGACAUGGAGUAGAAUAAGUCAUGUAUUAACAUAUAAGAUUUUUUUAACCUGCUCCCUCAGUUUUAUAGAUGAGACAAAGAUAAGGUUGUAAGAGUUAAUCUCUUCAAGUAGACAGUACUAGUAAGUUGCCAGGCUUGGACUGAACUCCUGACACUUCUCUCUUUUAACUUCAAUCCAUAGAGAAGCCCACCUUCCUGCCUUCCCGGUAUUAUUUAGCAGAGGAGAAAAUCAUACUAGGCUGUUUGAUACUCUAUUUGCCUAGACUGACCAACAAUUCUGUAUCUUUGUUCACAUCUUCUCUGAAAGAAUAUUUGGUGGGAAAUCUUUUUUAUUUUUUAAUUUUUGUGUACACACUAGGUGUAUAUAUUUAUGGAGUACAUGAGAUGUUUUCAUACAGGCAUGCACUGUGAAAUAAGCACAUCAUGGAGAAUGGGGUAUCCAUCCCCUCAACAUUUAUCCUUUGUGUUACAAACAACCUAAUUACACUCUUUAUUUUUAAAUAUGCAGUUAAGUUUUUAUUGACGAUAGUCACCCUAUUGUGCUAUCAUAUAGUAAGUCUUACUCAUUCUAUUUUUUUGUACCCAUUAACCUAUCCCCACCUCUGCCCCACCAUUAUCUCAGCUGUCUACUACUUUUUUCAGCCUUUACUAACCAUCCUUCUACUCUGUAUAUCCAUGAGUUCCAUUGUUUUGAUUUUUAGAUCCCACAAAUAAAUGAGAACAUGCAAUGUUUGUCUUUCUAUGCCUGGCCUAUUUCACUUAACAUAAUGACCUCCAGUUCCAUCCAUGCUGUUGCAAGUGACAGGAUCUCAUUCUCUUUUACGGCCGAAGAGUACUCCAUUUUGUAUGUGAACCACAUUUUCUUCAUUCAUCUGUUGAUGAACACUUAGGGUGUUUCCAAAUCUUAGCUGUUAUAAACAGUAUUGCAACAAAUAAAAGAGUGCAGAUGGAAAAUUGAUUUUGAUGGCUUUUUUCUUCAAUAAAACAUUUAUUUCUUCAUGUAUAACUGGAAGGCAAACAAAUGAUCCAUUUGCUUAGUUUAUUCUUGAAUCCAUAAUAUAAGUGACAGAAAUGGAUUAUUAAAAUAUACAUGAAGUUGGGGAAGAAUGAUAUGGACACAUUUUAAAUCAAAACAUGAUGAAUUGGCUGUUUAACCUACUACCUCAUUGGCCAAUUUGGGGCAAGAUAAAAGUAUUUGUAAACACUGUUUUGGCAAUUAAGUGUAAAGAGAGAACCAAUUUUUUAAUUAAAAAAUUGAAUUCUGAGAAUUAUAGAGCUUUUCUAUUGGUAAAGACAUUAAAUAUCAUAGAGUCCAACGCUUUUCUCUUCCUUCACAUCACUCCUAAUGGAUGUAGCUCAGGCUAAGCUCAUUGCUGAUGCGCUGUCAGAACAGCCACUAAUGGUUUAAGUUGGUAUACUUGAGUGUAAAUGUGAAUAAUGUUUUAAGAAGGUUACAUAAAGUUGUCAUUACUAGGAGUAGUAGCAGAAUUUAUUAUGGAUUAAUCAUAUCGUCGGGAAAAUGUACUGAAGCACUACUUCCUGUGGUAUUUUUUUUUUACAAAAUGAUAAAAUAGUUUAUUGCCUAUAGGUUGAUUAUGACCUAAAAUUAUAUUUUUGAAUUUUAUUGUGCCAUUAUAUAUUUUAAAAUGUGAGGUUCACAUUGUUGCAUUUGCUCUGUGAAUAAAAAUGUCUAAAAUAAUAAGAUGAACUUUUAGAUUUUGCGAUAUGAAAAUUUUUAACUUAGCUAGCUUGUGAUGGUACCUAAAAAUUUAAGAAAGCCCUUAAAAUAGAACCUCUGUGACUACAUGAGCACUUUGUAUGACUCAUAUCACAUUUUAACUCCUUAAGCAAGCCAAUGAGGUAAAACAUAUAGUUAUCCCCAUUUUUGCAAAUUUCACAAAGGCCUUCACUGCUUUGAUAAAAUGUUACACAGAUAAUUACUGACAAAAAUGGGUUAGAAUGCAGGUCCUGACAUUUCUAGUUCCUGACCAAUUCUACAGGUUGCCCUGCUCCCAUAAUAUGCUCCAAUCUACAAUGUUCAUCUUAAUCUGCAGCGAGUAAACAUAAUUGGUAGCUAAAUUUUCUUCUUGUUCCAAAUCUUUAGGAUAUGAUUCAUAUAUGUUAUAUACAUACAUACAUAUAUAUAUAUGUGUAUGUGUGUUUAUACUUAGAUAUAUAUAUAUUUUUUUUCUUAUUUUACUUCUGGCUAAGAUGGAGUAAUAGGGAGCAUAUUUACCUUCUAACCCUCCUGCAUGAAACAACCUCAAACCAGACAAAAUAUACGAAACAAUGGUUUUCAGUACACUGGACAUCAGGCACGGAAUGUAAUCCCUGAAAGAUAGGAAACACGUAAGAUGUGUGCUGUGAGUAUCCCAGCUUACAACUUGAGAGAAUUUGAGACAGCAGUGUGACAAUGGAGAUAGCUUAAGGAAGCCUACCAAGUCUCCGAAUGGAGUAGCUGUUGCCAAGAGUUCAGGUACACGAAGGUGGCUAGAGAUUGCAGGAUAGAGUACCAGCGAGGAAAGAGCUGCAAUUGGAGAAAAACUUUGCAAAUCUGGAAAGGGUUGCCCUUCAGUGUGUAACAAAGUGCAUGAAACUACCUGAGGCAAGGAAAAGAAGAAUUACA